AUGCACCAUGCUAGAAUUCUAAGUAUGGGUACGUGCCCAUACCUGUAUCUCACCACUGAUCCAAAGCGUCACAAUGAUUGGGAAAGUCUACUUAGGGAAGAGGAGCUGGUGGAAGUGGCCCAGCCUACGGAAGAUGAGCCCGUGGAAGAGGAGCCCGUGGAAGAAGUGCCUGUGGAAGAAGUGCCUGCGGAAGAGGCACUCGGUCAGGUCGGCGUAUUGGUCUCUGACAGCAACUCAGAUGGCAAGAUACUCGUCUUUGUUGGAAUAUUAGAGGCCGAUGGCGGGUUGGCAGGUAUAUAG